AUGUUAGGACGGUGGAUAUUGCUUGACAUGAUCUUAUUGUCAGUGUUUGAUUACUGCAAAAGUUUCUUCCAACAUGAACAAUAUGUUAGUGUUGAAUGGGUCAAUUUUAAGGAUUGCAAAGAUUAUAUUUUGAUUGCUCAGGGUUGCAUGGAUCUAGAUUACGCGCUAAGGAUUGAGCAACCUACUUCUCCUACGGACUAUAGUGCUUCUUAUCAAAGGAGAAACUAUGAGAAGUGGGAAUACUCGAAUCGUGUAAGUCUACUGAUCAUUAGGUGUAGCAUCCCAGAAGCCUUUCUAGGCACUGCAUCUAAGUAUAUCACUAAGGCCAGUGAAUGCCUUGCCAAAAAUUAA